GGAAAAAAAACAGGGUUAAAAAAAAAAUCAAUUGACGACAAGAAAAAAUACAAACAAAAGCAGUGAUUCAUUAAAUCAAGCUUGCAUUUUAUGAAUAAUCUGCUGAACUGUAUAAGAGGGUAUUAUGAGAGUGAUCAUACAGUGUUCACUUUUAUCAGAAAGAGGCUUACAAAAAGGGUCCUUAGCAAAAUAAAUCUUAAAGUUCAAAAUAUUGAUAUCAAUCCUGUAUAGACAUAUUUAACCCUUUCAUGCAUGGCGACCUCAUAUGGGGACGGAUCUAAAAAAAAUCCAAACACAUUCUGGUCUUUAUCUGGGAACAUGGAAAACGUAAAUGCACGACGGCUUCAUUUCAACCCAACGCAAAUUUUUUCCUCUAUAUAAAGCAAUGGGCAAUUAACUAAAAAGUAAAUGAAAAUAUAUAUUUAUUACGCGUCCCAAAACGAUCAGCUAUAGUGAAUAUGCCAUGCAUGAAAAGCUUCUUUUGAUGUUUAAUAAUUGCUAAUUCAAUUAUUUUUUGACAGCUGUCAUUUAACCCCUGCCCUCCCGUGAUGGAAGACAGCGGCAGCGGCUGGGAGCCGGGCAGGACCGUGUCCCCUCCACACCCUAACGGGAGCUACGCUGCCAAACCGACGGGGGUCUCGGGGAGCGGCGGCGGUGCCUCCGAGCUGCGCAACGCCUCCAGCUCCAACUCCAGUUCCCAGUUCGCCGGGGUGGAGCUGCUGCAGUCCUUCAAGCCGCUCAUCAUCCCCUGCUACGCGCUGGUGGUGCUGAUCGGGGUCUGCGGGAAUUACCUCUUGCUUUACAUCAUCUGCCGCACUCGGAAGAUGCACAGCGUCACCAACUUCUUCAUCGGGAACCUGGCCUUCUCCGACAUGCUGAUGUGCGCCACCUGCGUGCCCUUCACCCUCGCCUACGCCUUCAACCCGCGCCGCUGGGUCUUCGGCCGCUUCAUGUGCUACCUGGUGUUCCUCAUUCAGCCCGUCACGGUCUACGUGUCUGUGUUCACUCUGACCGCCAUCGCCUUGAACCGGUACCACACCACAGUGCACCCCCUGAAGAAGCGGAUCUCGGUGCCUGUGUGUGCCUACGUGCUGGUGGGGAUCUGGCUGCUGUCCUGUGCCUUGGUGGCGCCGGCUGUCGCGCACACCUACCACGUGGAGUUCCGGGUGGAGGGCUUCACCAUCUGUGAGGAGUUCUGGAUGGGGCAGGAGCAGGAGCACCUGGCCUACGCCUACAGCACGCUGGUCAUGACCUACAUCCUGCCCCUGUCCGCCCUGUCGCUCUCCUACCUGUGCAUCUCCGUCAAGCUGCGCAGCCGUGUGACCCCGGGCCAGCCCUCCUGCAACCGGUCCACCGAGUCCUGGCGGGAGCGCAAGAUCCGGAAGAUCUUCCGCCUGGUGGUCCUGGUGGUGUCCGCCUUCGGGAUCUGCUGGCUCCCCAUCCACGUGUUCAACGUGCUUCGGGACAUUGACAUCAACCUCAUCGAUAAGCCCUACUUCCUGCUCAUCCAGUUGCUGUGCCACUGGUGCGCCAUGAGCUCUGCCUGCUGCAAACCCUUCUUGUACGCCUGGCUGCACGACCGCUUCCGAGCAGAGCUGCGCAAGAUGGUCACCUGGCGGAGACGCUGCUGCUGCUGCCGCGGGGGGGUCAUCCUCCCUCACAGCAACUCCGUGGCCAUCAGCGUCAUGCUGCGAGGAGGAAGAGGGUCCGGUGAAGCUAGAGAGGGCAGAGAGAGACUGGGUGGAGAUCUUCAGAGGUCGGUCAGGUUUGUCUUCUCCAGUAACGCUUGUCAGGCUAUGAGGACCAGGGGAGAGAGGGAGCAGAGAGGCCAGUGUGGAGAGUCCGCGGCUGGGUAGGAA